GCCCAGCCCCGCGGGCCGGUCACACGCGCAGCCAGCCGGCAGCCUCCCGCGCCCCGUGCGCCGCUCUGCUGUGCCCUACGCCCCUGCCCCGCGCCAGCCUCUGCGCCCGCAGCCCGCCCGGCGCUCCCGGUGACAGUGACCCUGCCCUGGGCGCGGGGCGGAGCAGGCAUGUCCCGCCCGGGAACCGCUACCCCGGCACUGGCCCUGGUGCUCCUGGCAGUGACCGUGGCCGGGGUUGGAGCCCAGGGCGCAGCCCUCGAGGACCCUGAUUAUUACGGUCAGGAGAUCUGGAGCCAGGAGCCCUACUACACGCGCCCAGAGCCCGAGCCCGAGACCUUCUCUCCGCCACUGCCUGCGGGGCCCGGGGAGGAGUGGGAGCCGCGCCCGCACGAGCCCAGGGCGCCCAAGAGGGCCACUAAGCCCAAGAAAGCUCCCAAGAGGGAGAAGUCGGCUCCGGAGCCGCCUCCACCAGGUAAAAACAGCAACAAAAAAGUUAUGAGAACCAAGAGCUCUGAGAAGGCUGCCAACGAUGAUCACAGUGUCCGCGUGGCCCAUGAAGAUGUCAGAGAGAGUUGCCCACCUCUUGGUCUGGAAACCUUAAAAAUCACAGACUUCCAGCUCCAUGCCUCCACGGUGAAGCGCUAUGGCCUGGGCGCACAUCGAGGGAGACUCAACAUCCAGGCGGGCAUUAAUGAAAAUGAUUUUUAUGACGGAGCAUGGUGCGCAGGAAGAAAUGACCUCCAGCAGUGGAUUGAAGUGGAUGCCCGGCGCCUGACCAGAUUCACUGGCGUCAUCACUCAAGGGAGGAACUCCCUCUGGCUGAGUGACUGGGUGACAUCGUAUAAGGUCAUGGUGAGCAAUGACAGCCACACGUGGGUCACUGUUAAGAAUGGAUCUGGAGACAUGAUAUUUGAAGGAAACAGUGAGAAGGAGAUCCCUGUUCUCAACGAGCUGCCCAUCCCCAUGGUGGCCCGCUACAUCCGCAUAAACCCACGGUCCUGGUUUGAUAAUGGGAGCAUCUGCAUGAGAAUGGAGAUCCUGGGCUGCCCUCUGCCAGAUCCUAAUAACUAUUAUCACCGCCGGAAUGAGAUGACCACCACUGAUGACUUGGAUUUUAAACACCACAACUAUAAGGAAAUGCGCCAGUUGAUGAAAGUUGUGAAUGAAAUGUGUCCCAAUAUCACCAGAAUUUACAACAUUGGAAAAAGCCACCAGGGCCUGAAGCUGUAUGCUGUGGAGAUCUCCGAUCACCCUGGGGAGCACGAAGUCGGUGAGCCCGAGUUCCACUACAUCGCGGGGGCCCACGGCAAUGAGGUGCUAGGCCGGGAGCUGCUGCUGCUGCUGGUGCAGUUCCUGUGCCAGGAGUACUUGGCCCGGAAUGCGCGCAUCGUCCACCUGGUGGAGGAGACGCGGAUUCACAUCCUCCCCUCCCUCAACCCCGAUGGCUACGAGAAGGCCUACGAAGGGGUUCACCUGGCCAUGUAUGGAAAGAUGGAAGGAAAGUUCCCAAUCCACUAUAUUGCAAUCCCUGAGUGGUUCUGUCAGGAAAAUGCCACGGUGGCCGCCGAGACCAGAGCAGUCAUAGCCUGGAUGGAAAAAAUCCCUUUUGUGCUGGGCGGCAACCUGCAGGGCGGCGAGCUGGUGGUGGCCUACCCCUACGAUCUGGUGCGGUCCCCCUGGAAGACACAGGAACACACCCCCACCCCCGACGACCAUGUGUUCCGCUGGCUGGCCUACUCCUAUGCCUCCACACACCGCCUCAUGACGGACGCCCGGAGGAGGGUGUGCCACACGGAGGAGUUCCAGAAGGAGGAGGGCACUGUCAAUGGGGCCUCCUGGCACACUGUUGCUGGAAGUCUGAACGAUUUCAGCUACCUUCAUACAAACUGCUUCGAACUGUCCAUCUACGUCGGCUGUGAUAAAUACCCACAUGAGAGUCAACUGCCCGAAGAGUGGGAGAAUAACCGGGAAUCUCUGAUCGUGUUCAUGGAGCAGGUUCAUCGUGGCAUUAAAGGCUUGGUGAGAGAUUCACAUGGAAAAGGAAUCCCAAAUGCCAUUAUCUCCGUAGAAGGCGUUAACCAUGACAUCCGAACAGCCAGCGAUGGGGAUUACUGGCGCCUCCUGAACCCUGGAGAGUAUGCGGUCACAGCAAAGGCCGAAGGCUUCACUGCAUCCACCAAGAACUGUAUGGUUGGCUAUGACAUGGGGGCCACACGGUGUGACUUCACACUUAGCAAAACCAACAUGGCCAGGAUCCGAGAGAUCAUGGAGAAGUUUGGGAAGCAGCCCGUCAGCCUGCCAGCCAGGCGGCUGAAGCUGCGGGGGCGGAAGAGACGACAGCGUGGGUGACCCUCCUGGGCCCUGGAGACCCGUCUGGGACCCACGCAAAUUAAACCAACUUGGUAGUAGCUCCAUAGUGGACUCGCUCACUGUUGUUCCCUCUGUAAUUCAAGAAGUGCCUGGAAGAGAGUGUGCAUUGUGAGGCAGGUCCCAAAAGGGAAGGCUGGAGGCUGAGGCUGUUUUCUUUUCUUUGUUCCCAUUUAUCCAAAUAACUUGGACAGAGCAGCAAAGAAAAGCUGAUGGGAGUGAGAGAACUCAGCAAGCCAACCUGGGAGUCAGAGAGAGAAAGAGAAAGAGGGGAUCCUGUCCGUUCAGAGCCUCCUGGCUGCCUGGAAAAGGAUUCUGGUAUUUCCCCUGUUUGCGUGACAGCAAAGGUUCCACAUGCAUUUGCAAUUUGCACAGCUAAAAUUGCAGCAUUUCCCCAGCUGGGCUGUCCCAAAUGUUACCAUUUGAGAUGCUCCCAGGCAUCCUUCGAGAAUCCACCCUCUCUGGCCCUGGGACAUUGCAAGCUGCUACAGAUAAAUUCUGUGUUCUGUUGACAAUAGUGUCAUUGCCAAGUGCACAUCAGUGAGCCUCUUGAAUCCAUUUAGUCUCCUUUUUCAACAAAGAAGUGUGUUCAGAAAAGGAGAGAGAGGCUGAGAUCACUCAGGAGUUUUGUUGGGCGGUAAGCAUGGAGCUUCUUGCACAAUUUCUGGGUCCAUAAAGAACCCCCAAACUCCCUGCAGAUCCAGUAGCCCUGGAGUCUCCCCAAGUAGGGAAAACCAGAGGUGCCAGCCUUCCUGAGGGGCCAGAUAAUUUAGCCUGGAUCUCCUCUUUCACCUGCUAGGACUGGAAAGAGCCAGAAGGGGGGUGGCCUGAAGCCCUCUCUCUGCUUGGGGUAUUGCCCUGUGUGGAACUGUGUGCUCAUGGGCUGGCCUCAUGUCAGUCUGGGAGUUAUUUUUGAUAUGUGGAAUGCCAGAUCUUCCAAAUUAGGCUAAAUGCAAUGAAAACCUCUUAGGAUUGUCUGCGGAGCAUCAGUUUGGGAAGAAUUAUUGAAUUAUCUUGCAAGGAAAAAGUGUGUCUCCAUUUUUGUUAAUGUUGCUGCCUCAUUGACCUGGGAAAAAUGAAAAAAAAUAACAAUAAAGAAAGCAAAUGGUAAGACCCUU